AUGUCGGGCGAACUACAACGAUUUCCUCGAAACUCUCCCACGACACAUCAACACGCAUCUUAUCACACCCUUCUACCGUCGAACCAUGGAACGACAAGAAGAAUGCCACUGCUACCAGAUCCGCCAACCACCAACCCAAUAAUACAGCUCCAUCAUCCAGGAACCCAUUUUAAAUACAGGCCAUUACAACCCAUCAUCCCAGGCAACAACCACAAUAAAAACAACAAUACGAAAAAUAACGUGAAACGCAACCCAAACAACAACAACAACAACAACAAGAAUAACAACACCAAAACCGCCCAACAUCAUCAUCAUCGAAUGGACAACAACAAAUUUCAACAAAUCAGAACAACUGCUAGACUCAUCUACAAAAAAACACAAAUCACCCAUCACAUAAACAACUGGAAAGAAGACAAAGUGAAGGUCCUCAAAACAACAAUUAACAACCUAAAGGACAACAUCAACCCACCCAAGAAGAACGACACAUUCAACCAAGCAAUUACAGAAAUUCUCGACAACACAUAUAAAACCAUCAAAAACACGAUCAUCGACCAUCUCAACAACGAACUUUCCAUCCACAACACCAUAAACUACGAAAACAUCGACCUGAUAGAUGAUACAAAACCUAUCGAAGACCACAUCAGGUUCCUCCAGAGAAAUAAAAACUUUCAUAACCACAAAGAAAACGUAGAUGACAUCGUAAAAAACGAAAUUAAAAGAAUCAAAGCCAUCAUAUCCAACAACAAUAGCAACAACAAUACAAAAUACAACACAAAUAAUAAAGACUCCAUCAUCACUAGCACGCCCAUUAAUAACCACGACGACAACUACGACGACAUCAGCAACACGAUCAACAACAACAUUGAGCACAAUAAUAAUAAUAACUGUAAUGAUAAUAAUAAUAAUAAUAACGAUAAUAAUAAUAAUGAAUCAGAUAACCACAACAACAACAAUACCAACAAUAACAAUAGCACAACAGAAUCUGAUAAUAGCAUUUCAAAUGAGGUGACAAACAACCAAGACGCCAACAACAACAACCAGAACAACAACAACGAGAACAUUCUCCAAACCGGAAACAAAAACAACAACAACAAAUUCAUAAUCGUUCGACCAUACAACAGACAACUUAACUCAUUCUACGAAGAAAUCAUCACCACUCUAAUUCUACAUGGAUGCAUCCAAAACCACAACGACAUCCUACAAGCAUACACAAUCAACAAACCACUACGCCGCAUACUAUUUAGGCACUGA